AUGACCGUGCGUGAUGCGCUCAACGUGGCCAUGGAGGAGGAGAUGAUCCGUGACGACAACGUCUUCAUCCUCGGCGAGGAAGUCGCGCGCUACAACGGUGCAUACAAGGUCACGAAAGGCCUUCUGGACAAGUUUGGCGAGAAGCGAGUCGUCGACACACCCAUCACCGAGAUGGGCUUCGCCGGUCUCGCCGUCGGCGCCGCCCUCUCAGGUCUCCGACCCAUAUGCGAGUUUAUGACCUUCAACUUCGCGAUGCAGGCCAUCGACCAGAUCGUCAACUCCGCCGGCAAGACAUAUUACAUGUCCGGCGGCAACGUUCCCUGCCCAGUCGUCUUCCGCGGUCCCAACGGCGCUGCUGCCGGUGUCGGCGCACAGCACUCCCAGGACUACGCUUCAUGGUACGGGCAGAUCCCUGGUCUCAAGGUCGUCAGCCCGUGGAGUGCGGAGGAUUGCAAGGGCUUGCUCAAGUCCGCCAUCCGCGACCCUAACCCGGUCGUCUUCCUCGAGAACGAGAUGAUGUACGGUAUCACCUUCCCCAUGUCGGCCGAGGCCAUGUCCGACAACUUCCUGCUCCCCAUCGGCAAGGCCAAGGUCGAGCGCGAGGGCAGCGACAUCACCAUCGUCGCGCACAGCAAGAUGGUCACUCACAGUCUCGAGGCCGCCGACAUCCUCGCCAAGGAGGGCAUCAAGGCCGAGGUCAUCAACCUCCGCAGCAUCCGCCCACUAGACAUCGACACGAUCAAGGCUUCGGUCAAGAAGACGAACCGCCUUGUGACCGUCGAGGGCGGCUUCCCCGCAUUCGGCGUCGGUUCCGAAAUCUGCGCCCAGAUCAUCGAGAGCGAGGCCUUUGACUACUUGGACGCGCCUGUUGAGCGCAUCACCGGUGCUGACGUCCCCACGCCUUACGCCGCCAACCUCGAGGCGCUCGCCUUCCCCGACACCCCUCUCAUUGUCAAGGUGGCCAAGCGCGCACUUUACAGGACGAACUGA